UCUCUCUCUAUAUAUAGUGCCAUUUGACACGAUGGAUGGUGUGCAAUACAUCUUCGCAGUUAAUAUUCUUCGUAGCAUCUCAAGAGGAGGAGAAGAAAGAUGUCUUCCUGUGGAGGAAACUGCAAUUGUGGAUCCGGCUGCAGCUGCGGCGGAGGGUGCAAGAAGUACGCUGAUUUGGACGAGAAGAUGGUCAACUCGGAGACCAUGAUCCUUGGGGUUGCACCUGAGAAGGAACACGUCCAAGGACCAGAGAUGGCUGCUGCAUCAGAGAAUGAAGGUUGCAAGUGUGGAUCUAGCUGCUCCUGCAACCCCUGCAACUGCUAAGUGUGAUGUCUCAUCAAAGAAUAAAACCCUAGGUGGACUGUGAUGUGUGGGUGUGGUGUUUUACCUGUGUGAUGUCUUCUUAGGUCGUCUGAGUGCAAUAAAACAAAGGCCAUAGUGGCAUAUAUUCCAUGAAAUGAUCUCCCUGUAUCAGUUGCUCCCAUGGCUGUUGAAUGUUCUACCUGUACUUAUAUGUGAUGGUUAUGAACUAUGUUGAUUGCUUGUGUGAA